CGUCUAUAUUGUUCUAAUACUCUUAGAUCGCCACUAGUCUUUAAAACCUAUUUUUAUCUAAUUCCCCUUUUAAGAAAUUAUUGUCAUCCAAGAUAGUAUCAUGUGAUGUUGGUGGUUUUUCUUAAUCAUUUUUACCCGUUGAGCAUACAUCAUUGGUAUAAAUCUCAAUCUAAUUUUUUUGCCUAAUCAGGAAGGCAACCAUAAUCCAAAAAAAUAGACUUUAUUAAACAAGUGAUGCAAAAAUAUCGCGUCCUAUCCAUUUCUAUAUCCUCAUUGGGAAGCUUGUUGCUAUACGAGUUUGUCAGACCAGGAACGAAUUAUACUUAAAUAAGCUGUUUCAAUUACGAGUGUAUAAAUAUGUAGAUAACGAGCCAUGUUUAUAUUUCAUUGCUUUAGAUUAUCCUUGACUACCACUUCAUUAUGAGAUUUCUUCCUGUACUUUUGGUUUCUUUUGCUGCUUUGACUUCAGCUGCCAAUUCGACUUCAACUGACGAUUCAGUUACCGACUUUAAUUAUCAAGAAUUUCUUAAUGGGUUAACUAAGUGCGAUUUUGAUUGUUAUGGUGUUGCAGUUGAAUUAGCGGGUUGUUUGCCUAAAGGGGAAGAAGGUGAAAGUUCCACUACAAGUUCUGAUUUACAAGAUACUACUGACAAAGGGAUGAAAAAAAUGUAUAAAUGCUUAUGUGAACAAGAUGAUGAUUUCUUUGAUAAAUACAGCAAGUGUGCUAAAAACUGUCCAAUCUUUUCUGAAAUUAUUGAUGACGAUGAAAAAGAUGCUAAAAAAAUGAAACAAUUUUAUUGUGAAGGAGCAACUGCCACUUCCGAACUUGCAAAAACCUCUUCAUCUUUAGAUGGUUUGAAGUCAACAACUGCCUCAGCUACUGAUACUUCAGAGGAACAAUCCAACUCCACUUCCGAUUCAACAGAAACUAAAGAGAAUGGUACUGGGGUUUUCGGUGUUUCAUUAAUUUCUUUGUUGGCAAUUGCGUUGCUUUGAUUGGUACUUCAAUUGGUUUUAUAGUAUGUAAAUCAGUCUGUUUUGAUAAGCUAAUAUUUUAAUAAAAUCUUUUUGUUACAAGUAUUAGAGUGUAUGUAUAAUAAUCUAUAUGUGAUAUU